AUGGAGAAACCGCGUGUGCUGUACUGGUUCCGAACAGAUCUUCGUCUCCACGACUCACCCGCGUUGAAGGCGGCCCUCGAUCUAGACCCGGCCGUGCUAUGGCCCAUAUUCACCUGGGACCCUCACUAUGUUUAUCGCUCCAAGGUGGGAGUGAAUAGAUGGCAGUACCUGCUGGACUGCCAGAAUGACCUCUCAGACUCGAUCAAGAAACUCAAUCCCAAGUCCAAGCUCUUCGUGGUGCGCGAAGCUCCGCAGACCGUCCUUCUAAAACUGUUCUGGGCGUGGAAAGUCACACAUCUCGUCUUCGAGAGAGACACGGACACCUAUGCACGGGAGAGGGACCGAGUGGUGGUUGAGUCGGCGAGGAAGGCUGGUGUUGAGGUAGUGACUCGCUAUGGGAGAACGCUAUGGGAUAUCGACGAUGUUGUCGCCAAACAUGGCGGUAAACCGACAAUGUCGAUCACCCAGCUUCAGGCAGCAGGUAACAAAGUCGGAGCGAUACCCAAGCCGAUACCCUCACCGAAGCAUCUGCCAGACCCAGGCGAGAUGCCUGUUGACUUUGAACACGAUCGUCCCGACACGGAAAGGGAUCUCAACGCACCCCUUCGAAGCAAAACAGACAAGACCUACAACAGUGUCGCGGGGCCCAAAGGCGACUUUGCUAUCGAGACACUCGAAGAACUCGGGUUCUCAGCAGCCACAACACCACACCGCGGGGGCGAAACUAUCGCACUCGAAAAGCUCGCUCAGAUCAUCGCCGACCAGGAAUACACCGCAACUUUCCAAAAGCCCAAGACUAACCCGACAGCCUUCGAACCGCAGGCGACGACUCUCCUAUCGCCGCUGCUGCACUUCGGCGCUCUAUCCCCUCGACUGUUCUACUGGCGCGUACAGGAAGUCGUCGAGAAAUACGGCAAGAAUGCAUCCCACCCCCCUGAAAGCCUGACAGGCCAGCUGUUGUUCCGCGACAUGUACUUUGCAGCGCAGGCGGCCAUAGGGUCGCCCUUCCCCCAAGCGCUCAACAACGCCCAUGUCCGAUUCAUCCCGUGGCACCUGCCCUCGAAAGUCGACGACGGCACCGAGACCGGUACGAACGCCAUCAGUGGCGAGUACCACAUCGACUCGCCACAGGCCGAGAAGUGGUUCCAGCGGUGGAAGUUUGGCGUGACGGGCUUCCCCUUCGUGGACGCGCUGAUGCGCCAGCUGCGCGUCGAGGGAUGGAUCCACCACCUCGGCCGCCACAUGGUCGCCUGCUUCCUCACGCGAGGUGGGUGCUAUGUGCAUUGGGAGCGAGGAGCCGACGUAUUCGAGGAGCUACUCAUCGACCACGAGGUCGCGUGCAACGCGGGCAACUGGCAGUGGCUGAGCUGUACCGCGUUCUACUCGCAGUACUACCGGUGCUACAGCCCUGUAGCGUUCGGGCAGAAAUGGGACAAGAACGGCGACUUCAUCCGUAAGUGGGUGCCGGAGCUGAAGGACAUGGAUGCGAAGUUCAUCUACGAGCCUUGGAAAGCGAGCAAAUCGGCUCUGGAUAAAGCUGGCGUCAAGAUCGAAGGUGAUGGCCUGGGCGGUGGAAUGGAACAGGGCACGUCAACUUACCCGGGGCCGAUGUUCGAUUUCGGGGAGCGGAGGAGUGCUUGCAUUGCUGCCAUGAAGACGGCAUACUCUAUUGGCCUUCACGGAAACGAUGAGAGGGUCAGAAAUAGCACAUGGAAGGAGCUAUUUGAGAACGCCGGGGAGACUGAGAUGGAAGCUGUCCAUGGCAGCGACGAUGACGGACAUGGCGCGCCGCUGGAAAAGGGCAAAAAUGGUGGCAAGCAUGGACGGACUAAGAGUGAUGCUGUCAAGGAAGGACCUAUGGACCGCCAUGUCAAGAAGCUGAAGGCACCAUGA